UAACGGCAAACAUGUGAUAAGGGGGAAGGAAAUCAAAAAUGUGGUCGUCAAGCUUCUUAGCAUCUCCUCACUUAUCUUCUCCUCCCAGGCUUUCUCUGUUCUCAUCUUCUUCUUCUGCACAUCAAAAGGUUCAAACUAUCCUCUGCUUUACCCAAAAUCAUCCAUCCACCAUUGGGAUCAAUGUCAGCAAGAGGCACUUGAACAUCUCGAUUCUCACGCUCUUGUUCAAUGGUGGGUUCUUGCUGGAUAAGGCAAAGUCCAUCUCAGAAUCAGAAGAUCUUCUUCAAACAUACACUGAUUCAAAGGAUGGCUUCACUCUUCUCGUACCCUCUUCCUGGAUUAAGGUGGAGAAAGCCGGGGCCACUGUUCUGUUUGAAGAACCAGACAAACGAAGCAACAACAUAGGAGUUGUCGUGAGUCCUGUCCGUAUAAAGAGUCUUGAAGACUUUGGUUCUCCUCAGUUUGUAGCUGAUAAGCUCAUCAACGCAGAAAAACGAAAGGAAAGCACAAAGGAAGCAGAAGUUGUAUCAGUAGGAGAAAGAUCAGGACAAGGACAAGUGUAUGAGUUUGAAUACAUAAUUGAUAGCACGAGAGGUGGAAUCAAAAGGAUUUUCUCGGCUGCUUUUGUGAGCUCUAAGAAGCUUUAUCUAUUGAACGUUGUUCAUUCAGACAGUCCAGAGAAUCCAUUGGAUUCUAGUACGAGAUUGUUGUUGGAACAAGUUCUUCACUCCUUUGAUGCCCUGCCUCUUACAUAAGACAUAACCAUCUUUCUUAUAAAGCCCAUUGGGUGUUUAUGGGCUCAUUUUUAAAUUUAUAUGUAUCAAUCUAUUAAGCCCAAUAAGAUUGAUAUUUCAUUACUCUUGCCUAUUUAUUUAGCUUCUGUGUCUUUUAUUUCGUUUUUUUUCUUUUUGUAAUAAAGUUUAACAUUCUUUGUCGAAUUGUAUUUGUGUGUCUGCAUUGGUUUCGUUUUAAACUUUUAAGCGUC